AUGCUAAACUCCUCCCUCUGGCACCACAGAGCUGGAGAACGGACAGGGUUUGCUGCCCGCUAUGAGAAGACCGUGGAGUACCUGAUGAGGACGACAGAGUCUCUGACCCCUAACUCUGUACUCUGGUAUUUGGGCAUGAACUCAGAAAAUGGACUUGGCAAAAUGUGGGAGAAGCUGUUCAAGGUGACUGCCUCAGUGAGCCAUUUCCAUCUGUACUGUGGGACUUGUGCUUUGGUGGGGAACCCCAAGACCCUACAGGCUUCUGGCCUCAGCCACAACGUCAACUGGUACCCCACAGCCUUUGGGGUCAUGCCCAGGGCUUCGAGAUGGCGCGGAACCAAACCUCAGGACGCUUUCGUCUACCCUGGGAAUGCCAGCAUCCAGGGCUCUUGGAGACAGCUGGUGCUGCUGCUGAAGCUUUCUGGUCUGGUGUGGACUUCAGAUGAUCCGAGUGAGGAGGUGAUGGUCUGGGAACCCCAACGUUCUUAGUACGGGGGUCAGGGGAGGUCACUGCAGUGGAGGACAGAGGGGUUCCAG